AACCCCCAUUCCUGCUUACCUUGGCUAAACAGCUUUGCAUGUUGAUUGGGGGAGGGCUAAUCCAGUUUGCAGCUGUCGUAGACCAAUGAUGAAUCACCUUUCCGUCAUUUGGCAGCGGCUCCUCUUAGCUCUGGCAGGAGGGAGGACCUGGAGGAGAAAACAACGGCGGAGCGCAGCGGCAACUGGGACAGAGACAAUGUGGACCUCUGUUCGCUUUUUGCGAUCCCACUCUUCCCAUUCUGCUCCAGAAAAACAAUAAUGUUGUGUGGUGGAUGGCUCCGGACUGUGGCGGCCAGCGGCAAUAACAAGGAGUGACAUUGUUUUCUCGUGGGGCAGGUGGAGGCAGAAUAACGGAGGGAGUGUGAGAGUUUGAGAGGACUGAGAGCCAGACAGGUUCAGGUCUAUGGAAAUGCAGGAUCUAGCGAGUCCUCACAGCCGAGUUAGUGGAAGCAGUGAAUCUCCGAAUGGUCCCAGCCUUGACAACUCUCACAUCAAUAACAAUUCCAUGACACCCAAUGGCACUGAAGGUGAUAACAUCACAAUGCUUACCACUGCAGACUGGUUGUUAGGUUCUAACUCACAGUCGGCUGCAGUUAAAACCGAGCCAAUGAGCAGCAGCGAAAUCAUCUCCUCAGUUGCAGACACUUCUCUAGAUAGCUUCACAGGAUCAGCUAUUGGAACCAGUGGCUUCAGCCCAAGACAAACUCACCAGUUCUCUCCACAGAUUUACCCUUCCAACAGAACAUAUCCGCAUAUCCUCCCUACCCCUUCAUCCCAAAAUAUGGCUGCCUAUGGGCAGACGCAGUACACCACAGGAAUGCAGCAGGCCGCAGCUUAUGCCAGCUACCCCCAGCCUGGACAGCCCUACGGCAUCCCAGCAUACGGCAUCAAGACAGAAGGGGGCCUGAGUCAGUCCCAGUCUCCGGGACAGACGGGCUUCUUGAGCUACAGCUCUGGCUUCACCACGCCGCAGACGGGCCAAGCUCCAUACAGCUACCAGAUGCAGGGUGGAAGUUUCACGACAACGUCCGGUUUGUACGCUGGCAACAACUCGCUGACCAACUCCACGGGGUUCAACAGCACACAGCAGGAGUACCCCAGUUAUCCAGCCUUUGGCCAGGGUCAGUAUGCGCAGUAUUACAACAGUUCACCCUAUACGUCACCCUACAUGACAAGUAACAACACCAGCCCCAGCACGCCGUCCACCACCACCACCUACACCCUCCAGGAGCCACCUGCUGCCAUCACUAGCCAGGCGCUCACAGAAAACCCCGCAGGAGAGUACAGUACAAUCCACAGUCCAUCAACCCCUAUUAAAGAUUCAGAUUCGGAUCGAUUGCGCCGAGCCUCGGAUGGAAAGUCACGUGGCCGGGGGAGACGGAACAACAACCCAUCACCGCCGCCCGACUCCGACCUUGAGCGAGUAUUCAUCUGGGACCUGGAUGAAACAAUCAUCGUUUUCCAUUCCUUGCUCACGGGUUCUUACGCCAACAGAUAUGGACGGGACCCGCCCACAUCUGUGUCGCUAGGUCUGAGGAUGGAAGAAAUGAUCUUCAAUUUGGCCGACACGCAUUUAUUCUUCAACGACUUAGAGGAAUGUGACCAGGUGCAUAUCGACGACGUGUCGUCUGAUGACAACGGUCAGGAUCUAAGUACGUACAACUUCGGUGCUGACGGUUUCCACGCGGCAGCCACCAGUGCCAACUUGUGUUUGGCCACAGGUGUGCGGGGAGGAGUGGACUGGAUGAGAAAGCUGGCUUUCCGCUACAGACGAGUAAAAGAAAUCUACACCACCUACAAAAAUAACGUCGGAGGUCUUCUGGGCCCGGCCAAGAGGGAAGCCUGGUUGCAAUUGAGAGCAGAAAUUGAAGCCUUGACGGACUCCUGGUUAACACUGGCACUGAAAGCACUAACAUUAAUCCACUCAAGGUCAAACUGUGUGAAUAUCCUGGUGACCACCACGCAGCUCAUCCCUGCGCUGGCUAAAGUCCUCCUCUACGGCCUCGGCAUCGUGUUUCCCAUCGAGAACAUAUACAGUGCAACCAAAAUAGGGAAAGAAAGCUGCUUUGAGAGAGUGAUUCAAAGGUUCGGGAGGAAAGUUGUUUACAUUGUCGUCGGCGACGGCGUGGAAGAGGAACAAGGCUCUAAAAAGCACAACAUGCCCUUCUGGAGGAUCUCCAGCCAUUCGGACCUCAUGGCUCUGCACCAUGCCCUCGACCUGGAGUACUUGUAGCACCGCGGCCCCGUAGCAAAGCCUGCUUCGCCACAGCACAUCCUGCGAUCUUUCUCCUUUGCCCUCCAGCGCAACCAAGACACCAGAGACAACCUGCCCUGUGCUACCUGGCAUCUGUCUUCCAGGAGAGAACGGAGGGAGAAAGGCUCAGCAGAAGUGCGGCCACACAUUUUGUCUUAACUCAAAACUUUAUUUUCUUGAAGCGAAGACGGACAAUGAAUAUCCCGCAGCUGCUCGCCAGGUUACUGUGAAUUGGCUGCUUUUUUUCUGAGCUGUCAAGGCGUUUGAGGGCCCUGAGCUGGUGCUGGAGCUCGUGUCAGGGUUCACGCCUGGGAGGAGCGCAGAGCUCCCGGACUCCACUCACGACUACUGGCGGUGACUCUUCAGCGACCUCGCUCCUCAAUUGUCCGGCUUCCUUCUCGUCUCUGGUCCGUGAUGCGACGACCCCCCACCCCCCUCGAUGCUUGUUGUUGUCUCCUACUUUUCUUAUUUAAAAAGACUUUGUGAGUGCUGCGGCACUAUAAGAAGGUACCUCAGCGAUAAAGACUUGUGCCUUUACAAAGUGAUUUCCACCAAGCGAGACGUUUAUGGAAUAAACAAAACAGUGGGAUUUUCUAAUAAUUUAAGGAAAUACAAAACUUUAUAUACAAUACUUAGACAAUCAUGUACAGAGGAGAUUUUUGUGUGUGUAAGUUUGUAAUCACUGGACUAUUCCUAUAUUCAUUAAGGUCAAUUCUCUCAACAGCAGCAUUUUUGGUGGAGCAAAAGAAAAACACAUGGCUUUGUGUGACGCCCUCAAGUGUUCUGUUCAGUGAACGUGUAGAUAACUGUUUCUGUCAAGACCAAAAGCAUGGAUGUCACGUGUCAAUGAGCUUUCAUUUCACCAGCUCGCACUCGUGCCCCCCACAGAACUCUCCGAGUUAAAGCAGUCCAAAUGGCCAGUUAUGCGACGCAGACAAGCUCGCCUCUUGUACAGCAACAUUUUGUAUAAUAGCGUUUCUGUCGGCCCAACACCCCAUUUUGUUUAUUUAUUAGAUAGUUGAAACACAUGAAGGCCUUCUCGUGGUGUGUCUCCAUUUGUGGAUGGGGAAACCAUGAUUGCUGGUGAGAGAAAAGCCACUAACAACACAGGAUUUGUGAACAUACAGGACAUGUGCUAUCGACUGUGAAUUUCUUAAACAGAAACCAAAUGGUGUUUCUGAUUUUCCCUCUCACACAUGUCAGCCUUUUACAUUUCAAUGGCCCCCGCGGCCCCUCCUCAGCCGUCCCUGUCUCCUACCAUAGUGUGUGAUCUUAACCCCACAUCUCCCCCCUGCUCACCGGAGUAUCUGCGUACUGCUGCUAGAUCAAGGUAGGCAAAUAGGACAAUUUUUUUAUAGAUUCAUACGGCAAGCUUUUUUUUUUUUAUGUCGCGUUCAUACAUGCAAACUGGAAAUACUUUACAUUACGCGGGCCUCAUUGUGAAACAGAUUGUUGUGUCUACAAAAUAUGUGUACAGAUGUUUUUGACAAUAUUAUUUGAUUGUGUUUAAAUUA